AUGGCGCUCAUCUCGCUGGUGCUCGUGGCCGCCACCACGCUGCACCCGACCAAGUUUCGGGCAGCGUGCGGCGGCGCCGACUCUCGGCGCUCGGCCAGCAUCAGCAUGGACGCCGUGCGCUCGCCGGCGGAGGGCGGGCCUUCGACGGCAGCAGAGGUGGAGUUCCCUCCGGAGGCCUCUCCGCUCGUGCAGCUGCAGCGGGGUGCCGUCUUCGCCUCAAGGGCACUGCCGAUCGCAUUCUCGUACAUCCGCCUGUACACCGCACUGCGCUUUCGGGAGCGGGCGCUCGGGCAGUGCCUGGACGAGGAGGCGUGCGAGGUGCUGUGGACCGAGCAGCACGAAGCCGGCUCGAUCAGCUUCGCUUCGUACACGGACCGGCUGGCGGGCCUGACUGACCUGGUCGACCCGAUGCCGUACUCGCUCGUGCGGGCGGUGGAGCUGCUGCACGACGGGGAGGCAUUCGACGACGUCUUUGCUCAGUUCGACGACCAGCCGCUCGGCGCCGCGUCGGUGGCGCAGGUGCAGCUCUCCGACGAGUUCGACUUCAUCAAGGAGGCGGCGGCGAUGGAGCGGAUCGGCGCCGCCCUCAGCACCGACCCAGCCACGGGCUCGCCUCGGCCUCCUCCCGUGGUCACGCCGCGCCCCGUCGGAGGGCUGGUGACGAAGCGCGUGCUCGUGAUGGACUACUUGCGCGGCGAGCCGCUCUCGCGCGCCGUCGAGGCAUGCGAGCCGCUCUCGCGCGCCGUCGAGGCGAUGGAGGCGCGCGGCAUCGACCCGGACUCGGCGGAGGCGCAGCUCUUCGGCCGAAAGCUGCUGAGCGCCCUGACCGAGGCGCGCCCCCUCCCCCGCCCCCUCCCCGCCCCCUCUCGCCACGCACACUUGCUGCGCGCGCCACAACCAGCGUUCGGCCUCACCAUCCUCGAGGGCGGCUUCUUCCACGCGGACCCGCACCCGGGCAACAUCUUCGUGCUCGACGACGGCCGCGUCGGGCUCAUCGACUUCGGCCAGGUCAAGCAGAUCGGGGCGCGCGCGUCGACGACGCUGGCCAAGGACGAGGCGCAGCUCGACGAGAUCUCUCGCCUCGCUCUCGAGCUCGGCGUGCGGCUCCGCGACGGCUCGCCGCGCGAGGGGCCCGGGCCAGCGGCGACGGCGAUCUGGCUCUUUGACGGCUCGGUCGACACGCUGCCAGGAGGCUUCGACACCAACGAGCUCUCGCCGAACUCGCCGGUCCUCAUCAAGGGCAUCGCCUCCCGCCUCGGCGUCCGCUGGUCGCUGGCCUCGGAGUGGGCGCCGAUCGCGCGCCGGCUCCUCGCUCGCCAGUCCGCGGCGAGGUCGCCGUUCGGCGCACCUCCCCGCCUCCGGAGCAUCGUGCGGCUGCUGGGGCAGUGGGCGGCGGCCAAGCUGAGCGCCGUGGUGCUCGCACUCCCGCCGCCGCUGCGAAGGCUCGUUGCUGCCGUCGCGCUCCGUUGCUCAAAGCGAGGGUCGUCGCCCACUGGUCAGCUCGCCACGCAGAGUUGA